AUGAGCAGACAUCACCAACAACACUUGUCUUCUCCUAUAUACCACCAUCAAAACUCGUCAAAUAACAUAACCAAUACACCUGCUGCUGCCGAUAAUCGCACUAUUAAUACCGAUCAUCAAGUUAAUAAUCAUCAAAUACUCUUAUCACCUCCCACCUCACUUUCGUUACCUACCCAUACACGAAGGGAGUCAUUGACAUUACCACAUUAUCAAGAUUUGAUAUCCAAUUCAUCGUCUACCUCUUUACUUCCCCCAAGAGCACCUUCUCUAUUUCAGCCUCCUCCGCCUAGGGAAGAUACAGGUUAUCGAUUAGAAAGUAGAGGUAGAAUACCCGCUAUUCGUAUACCACCAGUUCCCUAUAGAAGAAGCAGCGAUUGCAAUCCUCUUCCAAGUUUCGGUAUUGGGACAAGUGCAAGUGAACUCCAUUCUGAUUCUCAUCCUCAUUCGUUCAAAGAAUAUCCAGGUUCAUCACCUUACGAACAACCGGCACCUACACUUCCACCUUUAUCGGGUGUGACAAACGGUUUACAUUCACAUCAUCAUCAUCUACAAACUUUGCCUUCUUUUGGACAAUCCAGUUCUUCCUCCCAUUCUCAUUCCAGAUCACCUUACGCGGGUCCACUCUAUAAUCUAGCCUUAUCGAAUCCACUUUCGGGGGGUUCAAGUUCAGAUUAUUAUUCUAUAGAAAGAGGAUUACGAUCUCCGCAUCCACCAUUAACAGCGAAUAUACAUUCAUCUUCCUCGAGUCACCUUUGGCCUCCCAACCUAUCCCAUCUAGGUUCCUCACCCCAUUCACACCAUACUCAUUCUCAUUCGCACUCGCGAUCACCUCAACCCAAUCACCACCAUCGUGAUUCUAUCGGAAGUAGCGGCCGAGUAUAUUACACCUCUACACCGAUAGAUUCUAUACCUAGUGUACCUGGACCUUCCACCGAAAAUAAUAUUACUCCAUAUCAACUUCGGGAAUCACCUUAUCACUAUAAGUAUAAUACUUCCAUAACAUCCCAUAUCCCAAAUCCACCUUCAUCAUCCUCAACAUCGUAUAACCGUCAAGCGUCACCUGUCCAUAUCCCUCCACCGUUAAGGUUCAAAUAUUCCGUUUCCCCUCCUGCACCCGAUAAUCAAUUGGAUAUGCCGCCAAGAAAGAAAGCAACAGGAGAUACCUCCUUGAUUGGAUCGUCAACACCACGUACAAUGUCUUCCGCGACGGGUCUAAGUGGAUCAGUAACGAGAAGUGGGAGGAAGACUGCAAAUGGUAAAGGAUGGACCAUGGAACAUACUUACGACUCGGUUGGUCAAAAGAAAGAAGUCAUAGUUAUAGACGAUUCUACUAGCCCUAUGAAUCCACCUCCGCGUAAGAGGACAAGAGCUCAAGUGGCCGCAGAACAAGCUCAAGCUCUAUUGCGCUCACAAGAAAGUAUAUAUAACGGUAAUAUCAAUGGACAUGGUUCAACUUCGAGUCUCAGUGCAUCCACCAAAAAGAGGAAAGUCGAUGAAUCGAAUGAGCAGGGUAGUGCUAAAAAGGCGAAAGGAAAAGUACCCAGUACCGCAACCUCGGCGUCCAUACAAGCGACAGGUCAAUCCUACACAAAUCAUGUAGCACAGCCGAAAGCACUUCCAGCGCAAAAACAGCCUGCAGUUGCUCCUGGUCCACCAGGACAGUCUAACACACAGCCGCCUUGGGACGAUGCGGAAGGGCAUUAUAUAGUCAAACCAGACGAUGUGGUCGGAGGUAAAUAUAAAAUCGUCCGUUUGCUGGGUCAAGGUACUUUCGGCAAAGUGGUCGAAGCUCGGCAUAUCGAAACUAGAAGGAAAGUUGCUAUAAAAGUCAUUCGAGCGGUCCAAAAAUAUAGGGAUGCAAGUAAGAUUGAAAUUCGUGUGUUGGAAACGUUAAAGAAGAAUGAUCCGAGAAAUGACAAUAAAUGCAUUCAUCUCGACGAUGUCUUCGAUUUCCGCAAUCACCCAUGUUUGGUCUCAGAGUUAUAUGGGAUGAGCGUUUUCGAUUUCCUCAAACAAAAUAGCUUCCAACCGUUUCCCGAGAAACACAUACAAGACUUUGCGAGAAGUCUCCUGAGGAGUGUAGCUUUCCUUCAUCAAUUGAAAUUGGUUCAUACCGACCUGAAACCAGAAAAUAUACUGCUAUGCUCCAAUGAAGCAAGAUUACAAGGCCCCAGAGUGAAAGGCGCGAAGUCGAAAUCUAUCUUACGGAAUACUGAGAUACGUUUAAUCGAUUUUGGAUCUGCAACGUUUGAAUCGGAGUAUCACAGUUCGGUCGUCAGCACGAGGCAUUAUCGUGCACCUGAAAUCAUAUUAGGUUUACCCUGGUCGUAUCCGUGCGACAUGUUCUCAAUAGGCUGCAUUCUCGUAGAGUUUUAUACUGGAGAUGCGCUGUUCCAAACUCAUGACAAUCUAGAGCAUCUGGCGAUGAUGGAGGUUGUGAUGGGAAAGUUUAGUCAUCGGAUGAUCGAAAAGGGAAGACAUAAAAAACCUGAAUUCUUCCGAGGCACCAAAAUCGAUUUCCCAAAUGUAACAGUAUCAAAAGCAAGUAAGAAAUAUGUAAAAGGCAUGAGAAGUCUGAAGGAUAUAAUAGCUCCCACGACCAAACAUCAGCAAUUCUUCCUCGAUUUAUGUUUAAGGCUUUUGGAUCACGAUCCUGAUAUACGCUUGAAAGUGCAAGAUGCUUUACGGCACCCAUAUUUGAGUGAACCAAUUCCUGAACCCGCUUAA